UUCAAACACUUUUAAAUCAUCAACAAUCAUUUUACAUCUUCCAGACAUUCAAAUAAUUGAAAAAACUCCAACAACAUACCAAAUAAUACAUUAACCAAUCUCAAAAUGAGCGGAACAUACAAGCCAACUGAGCACGGAGGUCUUAAGGAGGACGGUACCCCAGACAAGAGAGUUGGAACUGGCGAGUUUGCUCACGGCCAGGUCGACCCAGUUGAAGCUCGAGCCAAGGGUGGAUCUACCAGCGACGAAAGCACCGAGAGCCCCUCCACCACUGGCAGCAGUGGUAGCGGCAAAGGUGAAUUCGCACACGGAAAGGUUGAUCCAGUCGAGGCUGGCAAGAAGGGAGGACAAGCUUCUUAGAUUGUCUCAAAGACCCAGUGAUGUCUGCACUUUGAGUGAUGGGAACGUCGGCUGUGUACGGCGAAAUCAUUUCGGAUAUCCUAUCAGUCAUAGGUUGAUGAUGAAUUAUGAUGACUGCGAAGCAUUGAGUUAGCAACAAUGAUAUAAUUUCAUAAUAUAUUCUUCCUCGUGUCCUAAGAUGAUCACAUCGUGAUAUUUUGAGAUGCUUAUACGUUCUGCGGUAUCACAUCCUAUUCAAUCCUCCCAGGUCGGUGGUGAUGAUUGUCAUUCGAAGACCUGGUGCUAUAUUUCAUUGGCAGAGAACAAAUUGAAGUUUACAUUGUA